AUGAAGAAUAUAUUCAGGAGAUCAGUUCAGAUCUUUCAAAAGAAGGAAAAGGAUAAAGAUGGAAAUCCAGUAGGUGGAAGUAGUGACAAUAUCCAACAACCAACAAAUAAUUUGAUUAAUAGUUGCGAUGGAAUACCUCCACCAUCUCCAUCGCCAACACUAUCCCGCGACAAUGGAUCCCGCGAAAAUAGUAAACGAGAAAAGAAAGGAAAACGACACUCCAAGUCAGUCUCACACAGCGAUGUGCUCACUUCGGAUCUCAAACAAAGCGGUGUCAAUCUGCGAACGAUCACCGCGGACAUAUACCUUCCGCCAUCAUCAGGCGCCGACUCACCAUAUGUCGUAGUAUCCAAGCCUCGUUCAUGUCCUGUGUUUGGCGUGCCUUUGGACGAGGUGCCCUGUCGCGAGGGCGCCUUCGUACCGAUCAUCGUGGAGAAGUUGGUCGAACACCUCGAGCGAACAUCACUCACAACCGAGGGCGUGUUCAGGAUACCUGGUCGCGACGUCACAAUCAACGAGUUUGUUCGAUUGUUCAACAGCUACGAGGAAGUUGACGUCUCUGCGUUGGAGCCAUACACGGCGGCUGGUCUACUCAAGAGGUUCUUCCGUGACCUGCCCGUGUUUGUACCGUCACAGAUCAACAAGCAAGUGGCGUCAUUGUUUGUGGCCGAGGAUGGCAAGAGGAAGCAGGUGGACAUGGAGCUGCUGGAGAAGCUGAGGUUGCUCGUCCACUCACUGCCUCGCAUUCACUACGAGGUGAUGCAAGCACUGACCACCCUACUCAGCAAGCUACUUCAGCACUCUGAGGAGAACAAGAUGUCCAUCACCAACAUUGCCAUCUGUCUUGUGCCUACGCUCAACUGUGUGCCGGCAAUCGUCACCUAUCCGAUACAGUAUCACGACUUCUUCUAUAAUGAACCAUUCGCCGAGCAUUAUCUUAUCACGAUGCGUCCGGAUCAAUUACCGGGAUUGAUCGAGCGACCAGAGACGCUCAACGAGUUGCAUCGAUACUCGCGACCAGCAUCCAUCACCGUUUCAUCCACAACUACUGGUGGAGGUCAACAAGUGUCGCCCAGCGCAACAAUCACCUCGACAACAAUCACAUCUCCAAAUGACAAUGCGACACCAAUCACACUUACCGUCACCACAACAUACUUGGACCAGCAGCAACAACAGCAACAACAGCAACAGCAACAGCUACAACAACAACAGUCGGAGGAAGUACAAUAUCAACAGUUCUUGGAGAACCUCAAGUAUAAGGGUUUCAACAAGAGUAGUAGCGGUGGCGCAGGUGGUGUGGUCGUUGGUAGUAACAGUAGUCAUGGUAGUAAUAGUAGCAAUGGUAGUAGAAACAGUGGCAACAACAGUAACAGCAAUGGCAGCAAUGUAUUAUAUAGAAGGAGUGUGGCCUUUGGCAAUGACCUGGAGCGGUACAGUGACUCUGGCCUAAACAACAAUGUUACAAAGGCCAAUAUUCAACAGCUGAAGGAGAAGAUCGACAGGUACUCCAAGGAGAAGAUUCGCGAGUUGAACCAGCUCACGCCCCGUCGACAGGACGCCAUUCCAAGCAGUGGCAUCGAGCGCGACAGACACUCGCGCUACAGCAUCGACCUGGACCGUCUAAAGAGGGAGAUUAUGGACAGGAGGUGCAGUCGAGACUACAGUCGCGAGAUUGAACGAGAGAUUGAGAGGAGGAUCAGUCCACGCGAUAGACUCUCAAUGUUACUCAGCAGCAGUAGUAGUGGUAUCCCAAUGUCAUCAGGCACUGGUGGUGGUGGAUCAAACAGGAGUGCGAUAAGAUACAACAGGCAAUCACCAUCAAGGGAUAGUAGAUACUCUAGGGAGUAUAGAUACUCACGUGAGAGUGAUAACAACAACUUUGAUGAUGACGUCGGAGGUGGCGACCAAUCAUUCAAUCGCCAACAACGCUCUAGCAGCUGUCUGGACGACCACAGCGCCAUGACAUUGGAGCAACGAUUGGAGAUGAUCAAGGAGACGAUCAAUAGUAUCAAGAAUGACCGUGAGAAUAUAACGGCCAGGGACUACGGACUGAUGUUGGAGGUGGAGGAGAUGCGUGCCACAUUGCAAAAGGAGAGCGAGACAUCAGAGUUCUUUGCCAGCAAGAGUUUGGAGUUGGUGGAAAAGCUGCGCCAGGAGGAGGAGAAAAAUCAAAGAUUGAUGGAUGAGAUCCAGUUGAUGGAGACAUACUUCCAUCUCAAGGAGAGGAUCAAGAGAAGCAAGAAACAGCAGCAUCAGACCCAAUCACUGGCUGACAUUGUAUCAUCUUCGCCAUUAGCAGGUGGUCUUUCAACCUCUCAGACUCGAGGUCAAGCUCAAUGUCCAUUAUAA